UACUUAGUUUUAACAACUGGUAGCGAGACUUUCUGACAAGAAAGAAACUUUCGCGCGAUGGAUUGAUGUGUAGUGAUUCAUUGCAAGCAGUAGUGAAAAAUUGUUAUCAUUACUUAUCCGAGUGCGGUAUUAUUUUAUCGUGUAGAGAAGAUAAAAGUGUCAACUGAUGAUUGUGAUUUGCGUUAUUAUUGCUAUUAUAGGAUCGUUUAUUUACACGUUGAUUAAAAUUAGCAUCAACGAGUGGCUAGUAGAUUCAAGCAUGAAGCGGUUAUCUUUGAAGAGAAGUCGUUAUGAAUAUGAAACAAGUCAAGAGAUAGAGAUAUCGGAUGAUGACAGUUUUGAUGCAUCUAGUUUAAGAAAAAAUACAGAAUAUAAUGCAUGUACAAGCAAACUGGAUUAUAACACAAUUAAUGUCCCAAAUAGCUUGACAGAUAUUUCAAAUUACGAACCUAACAUUCAUAUAUCUGGUUCAAACUUUGUACAUGAUGUGUCAAAUAAUUCAAGCAUUGACGAUGAUGUUCAUGUCAUAGAAGAAAUUCCUACUACUUCUGAUGGGAAAUCAUCAAUGUUUAAUUGGAAUAAAAAUAUGAGAGGCAUGCCACAAUAUGAAAACGCUUCUAAAAGCAAUACCUUGUUUGAUUCAAGAUUCAUAAAAAAGAUGCCUAUGGAAUCAUGUAAUAAAAAACAACAUUUGACAUCAUGUAAUAAAUCAUGUAAUAAAAAACAACAAGUAACAAGUAACUUAACUGACUCAAAUGAUGAAUAUGAUUGGAACAAUACAAAGAGAGAAGAUUCACCACCUAAAGUCACAAUACAUUAUGAUGAAAUGAUCGCUGGUGUCAAAGUUAAAUUUCCAAUCAAGCCAUAUCUGUGUCAAAAAGCUGUAAUGAAUAACCUUAUCAGAGGAUGCAUUAAGGAGGAGAAUUGUCUUAUAGAAAGUCCAACUGGUAGUGGCAAGACCUUGGCACUUCUUUGUGGAUCUUUAGCAUGGCAAGAGCAGUAUAGUGAGAAUAUUCUCAAGGAGAUUCUCAAGGAGGGGGAAAAGCAGAAGCAGAACGCAAUGGAUUCGGAGAACUUGUGGUGCGCUGAAAACGACGCUUCUUGCACUUUACCCGUUAACACAGACGACAAAGCUUGCGAUAGAACACUGGUCAAAAGAAAUACUCGACUGCCGAGAAUAUUCUACGGCACGCGGACACACAGGCAAGUCGAGCAAGUAGUCAGAGAAUUGAAAAAGACCGCGUACAAGGAUAAAAGGAUGACCAUAUUGAGUAGCCGGGAGCACACGUGUAUUCAAGAUACGAACAGGAACAAGACCGAGCUCUGUAACGAGCUGCUCGAUCCUAAAAAGCUCACCAAAUGUAAAUAUUACAACGAACGAAAUAAAAAAGAGAUAGCGUCGUUUGAGGCAGUGGAAGAUCACGGAUUGAAGACUCCUUGGGACAUUGAAGAUUUCGUCGGGUUGGGCAAGCAGGUCGGAGCCUGCCCGUAUUUCGCAGCCAGAUCUUUGAUGGCUGAUGCGGAAAUCAUCAUGUGUCCCUACAAUUAUCUAAUCGACCCGAAUAUCCGCGAGAGCAUGCAGAUCAACCUGAAAAAUGACAUUGUGAUACUCGACGAGGCUCACAAUAUCGAGGAUUUUUGUCGGGAAGCCGCCAGUGUGGACAUAAAAGAUGUCAAUCUCAUCAGUGCUUCCAAGGAGUGUGAGAAACUCUCACAUUUACGCAAUGUUAAUAAAUAUAUGUACAUCACUAUACAUUCGUAUCUCCAGGACCUUGUAAAUUUCCUCCAAAAUGUCGACGUUAAGGAAGUUUCGAAUGACAACCAGCAAGGAAUGGUCAGUGAACAAUGGCUCGGCAUGGAUUUCCUCAUAUUGCUCGACGUCGACAAGAUCGGACGUUCCAGAUUCCCCAAUUUUUCCGCCGCUAGUAAGGCAGCCAUUGAGGACUUCAACGACAUAACGGAAAGGCUUUCCGAAAGAUCCAUACCCACCAUUUCACUCGAGACUAAAAUAGUCCUCGAAUUGCUCUGUUUCGUCAUGGAAAAGAUGACAUCGGAUAUAUUCGUUAACGACUACAGAGCUUAUGUUGUGGAGGCAGAAGAGUUUAAGACGACAAAUACAAAAGCGCAAGAAGACACUUGGAUCUCGAGAAACAAGCGUGAACGAGUGCGAACGUUGAAACUGGUAUGCAUGAAUCCUGCGGUGGUUUUCGAGCCGUUAUCCCGCAUCACCCGCUCGGUGAUACUCGCUUCGGGCACAUUAGCACCGACUUCGUCGUUCGAAAGCGAACUUGGAACACGAUUCCCGCACAAGCUCCACGCCAAUCAUAUCAUACCAAGAGAACAAGUGUACGUGAGAUGCAUACCACGAGGACCGAAUGGUGAAUCUUUGCUGGCCAACUACAAGAACGUCAACUCGUGGUCUUUUCAGGAUGAGCUUGGUAAACUGAUUGUUCAAGUGUGCGACGCAAUACCGUAUGGUGUAUUGUGCUUUUUCUCAUCUUAUUCUGCAAUGAAUAAGAUUCACAUGAGAUGGAAGGAUAUCGGUAUUUGGGCUAAACUCGCGGAACUGAAGGAGAUUUUCGUAGAGCCGAAGGAAAACAGAGAACUACCCGAGAUUAUGAGAGAAUACAGAGAAGUAAUUAAAGAAUCGUCAUCGAAAUCCUUCCGGGAAAGAUCCGGAGCUAUUUUGUUUGCAGUCUUCAGAGGCAAAGUGGCAGAAGGAAUUGAUUUCAGCGACAAUGAAGCACGAUGCGUAUUAACAGUCGGCAUACCGUUCACCAGCAUAAAAAACGUAGCUGUGGCCAUGAAGAAAGAUUACAAUGAUUCAAAUAUGUCUAAGGGAUUGCUAUCCGGCUCAGAGUGGUAUACUAUUAACGCGUUCAGGGCGUUAAAUCAAGCACUUGGUCGUUGCAUCAGGCAUAUAAACGAUUGGGGAGCAGUAUUGUUGGUUGAUGAGAGAUUUUUACAAAGACCAAAAAACGCGGACUAUCUGCCAAAAUGGAUUAAAGAAAUGCAAAAUAAAUGUAAUAUAAAGGAUAAUCUAAAAGUAGAACUCGAAAACUUUGUAGCAAGACAAGUGGCACGUGAAAAAGGAAGAAGAUAUCUUGAAGAAAAAGCAAGACUUGUACCAAAUUUCACGCAAGAUUUAUACAAAACAUAAGUCUGUAGGACUUUUUAAAUUAAAAAGUUAAUUAAGUUGUUUUAUUAAAAGGAAUUAAAGUGACAUAAUAAUUAACAAUAUACACUCAAUGUGAU